AUGCCAGAUGAAGCUUUGAAUAGUGCGGAUGGUGAGUUUUCAGUGACCCAUAUGACCAAGGCUCAUCCGUUCCAUAGUGGUCACGUGCGCUGGGUUCCCCCGGCCAUCUAUAAGUCCUCCUGCUCUAUAGACGUCACCUUCUUCCCCUUCGAUCAGCAGAAUUGUAAAAUGAAGUUUGGCUCCUGGACCUACGACAGAGCUAAGAUAGAUCUAGAGCCUAUAGGGGAUACUGUGGAUCUGAAGGUAGGUGUUGUCACACACACACACACACACACACACACACACACACACACACACACACACACACACACACACACACACACACACACACACACACACACACACACACACACACACACACACACACACACACACACACACACCCCCCUAGCCCCUGCUGUGUCUCUGUUUCUGCUCCAGGACUACUGGGAGAGUGGUGAAUGGGCUAUAGUGAACGCAGUGGGAACCUACAACACUAAGAAGUACGACUGUUGCCAUGAGAUCUACCCUGAUACAACCUACUAUUUCAUGAUCAGACGCCUGCCUCUAUUCUACACUGUCAACCUCAUUAUCCCUUGUCUCCUCAUCUCCUGUCUCACCGUCCUGGUGUUCCAUCUGCCUUCUGAUUGUGGAGAGAAGAUCACCCUGUGUGUCUCCGUCUUACUUUCUCUCACCGUCUUCCUGCUGCUCAUCACUGAGAUCAUCCCCUCCACCUCGUUGGUGAUUCCUCUCAUCGGGGAAUAUCUCUCCUUUUCACCAAUGAUCUUUGUCACUCUGUCUAUUGUUAUAGCGGUGUUUGUCCUGAACGUCCGUCAUCGUUCCUCUGCUACUCACACCAUGCCUCGCUGGGUCCGGACACUGUUCCUGUCUGUCAUUCCCCGCUGGCUCUGCAUGAAACGACCCCCCACCUGAUCUCAGGAGGAGGGGCUUAGUCGGCAAACUCCACCCCUUCUGAACCUUCAGAACGCCUGGCCCCUCCCGCUCUUCGUCGCGUUCCACAGCUCACACCUGGCUCAUGCGGGAGUCCGACGUUGAUCUCCAUGGUAACGAGGACGAGGAUGUGAUUCGCCGUGGCUACUUGGAUACGGAGAUG